AUGAUAAUUAGAGGGAAUCGUAGCAGCGUUCUCGUGGCACCGAUUAGAUUCACGAGCCGUGACUUGAUCGAGUCGAUCGAUCCGUCGACUGGCGAUGAUGCGAGGUAUGCGUUGUCUGCAGACGAUGAGGUGCUCCAUCCAAUCCUGUUCAGAAAACGGUCUUCGCUCAGAACUGCAAUUCCGUUUACCGCAAACAGAAUGACUGAUGUGUUAGACGACUGA